AUGGACGCCAACCCACCCCCAGAGCAAGCCCCACAAACUCGACGCCGCCGCACCCGACUCGCCUGCGAGGCGUGCAAGAUCCGGAAACGCAAAUGCGACGGCCAAACACCAUGCGAAUCCUGCAGUCGAUAUGAUUACCGUUGCUGUUAUGAGCCGCCUCCUCGCAAAAGGCGACUCACGACCGUAGCCGCCGGGCAAACAUUCUCGCCACCCGUUACACUGCCAUCACCCGGUCCAGUACCCCCUUCUUCUACGGCUCGGGAACCCAGUAGCCGCCGACCAACUGAGGAGAAAUCAAUGGAAGCCAACUCCGGGGUCAUCUUUCCACAGUUACUGGGCCUUAAGCUGAGUCCCGACCAUGCGCCUUCUAUGCAGCACGGCUCCGGAUGGAACUUGGGUGUGCGCCGGAGUCCGCAUCGUUCGGAAAAGAGCAUUACCUGGAUCUUAUCGCAGGCUGCGUGGCAGAAGUUGUUUGGUGUUUAUGUUGAGAAGAUUCAUCCUGUGUAUGGGUUCUUGGAUCUGGAGGUUGUGGCUGGACAGGCGGGGAGGAGGUGGGAGGAUCCCUGCGCGUCCAACGAGUAUGAUGCCGUUCUGUGCGGGGUGGGGGCAUUAGGAUCAUUGUUCUCUUCGCGGUCAAAAGCAAGCGAACAGGAACGUCAUUUGAUUGAUUGCGCAAAAGAUAUUCUCGAGACGACGAGUACGUUGGUAGUUAGUCCGGGCGUUCACGAUGUGGAGGGCUGGUUGCUGCGGACCAUGUAUUUGAGAUGUCACAGUACGCCGCAUGCUGCGUGGAUAGCCUCGUGCACAACGAUGCAUAUUGUCGAGGCUGCCGGGUUACAUCGUGAGUCCACUCGUGGCUCACUGGUUUAUCCGGAGAUUAACCCCGGCGGCCAGCCGGAAAACGUGGAAUGUAGGCGACGGUUGUUUUGGAUUGCCAAGUUACUCAAUACAUGGAUUUCUUUCGAGUAUGGCCGAUCGCAGGUCGUCAUUCGAGGAGCUCAGUGCCCAGCUCCUACGCCAAAAGCUGGGGAUCCUACAAGUGACCUCAUUUCACUGUUCCAGUUAUCGGAAAAGUUAGACCCGGACCAGACGGUCCAAGUAUUGGAGUUGGAAGAGUCGCUUGUCCGGCUGGAAGAUUUUCAAUUUGAAUCCGACGCUGUCAUCCUAUCUCAGAGUGUGCUCGCCUUUACUAUUUAUCGCCGUCUGCAGUUACUGAACUCCACCACCAAUAUGACAUCCGUCGUCGACCGGGUCAUUCGACUAGGCUGUAGAGGCCUGGCCGCUUCAUCCAGAUCCAUCGAUGCCAGCUGUCCUUGGUGGCAUGUUAGUAACGUCCCCUUCCAGUUUACCUGUAUUCUCCUCGCGAUGGAUACGCGAAAAUCACUCGUCCACGUCAAGGAUUCGCUCGCUACGUUGAAAAAAGCAGCCGACCAUUUCGCGACACAGAAGGCGCGAAAGGCAUACAAAAACAUCGAUUUCCUAGUCAGGUUAUCUCAGAAACGGAAAGAACAGGAUGCGGCCCUGUUGAAUGAAUCCGUAGGAUCGAGCCAAGGUAAGCCAGAUGAUCCUACGGCCGAAGAGCAGUUGAAUGGGUCUGCAUCACCGCUGGGGGGUACUGGCACGGAGGAUACCUGGUCUGCAGACACGCUGCUGAAUCCAAUGGAUCCGGCUUCAUUGAACUAUAGCUAUGACUGGGAUAUCUUUGUGCGUGAUGCUCUAGAUUUCUCGACUACGUUUCCGAGGUUGGCGGAGCAAGAAUAUUGA